ACCAGGAGUCAACUUAAAGCCGGUUCCCAAUUCCGAUGCCCUCCUCAUCACCACGCCGCAGCCGCGCCUUGUGAGCUCGAUCAGAAAAUGGCGGCCGCCUCCCUAUUCGCCGAUCUACUCCGACAAGCGCGACCCAGAAACCCUAGCGUUACCAUCCUCCGGGCCUUUCCUCUCUCCUUGCGCCAACCCUCUCGGCCCUUGUCCUCGGGUCUCGCGAACAGCCAAGGUUUGGCUGUCGAAGAGGAGCCCGCUGCCCUGGUAGACGACCUACGUAGCCGGAUCUUCCGACUCCGGCUUCCUAAGCGGAGCGCGAUGGACGCACUCGAUAGAUGGGUCGGUGAGGGGCGCACGGUGACGGCAUCGGAGCUCCGGGAGAUCACUAAGGACCUAAGGAAAUCGAAGCGCUUUAAGCAUGCCUUGGAGAUUUUAACAUGGAUGGAGUCCAAUGGUUGUUUCCAAUUAUCACCAUCAGAUCAUGGUGCCAAACUUGACCUAUUAACAAAAGUCUACACCAUAGCUGAAGCUGAGACCUACUUUCAGAAAUUAUCCAGCAGUGCUUCAAAGAGGGCUGCAGCUUUUCCUCUUCUCCAUUCUUAUGUAAAGGCAAAAGACUUGCAAAAAUCAGAAGCCCUGAUGUAUAUGCUGCAGAACUCUGGGUUGGUUGUGGAUCCUCACCCUUUUAAUGAGAUGAUGAAGCUGUACAUGGCCACAGGCCAGAUUCAAUCCGUAAUUAAAGUAAUUCAGUAUAUGAAACGGUCUAAAAUCCCUCUUAAUGUACUUUCAUAUAACCUUUGGAUGAAUGCAUGUGGUAUGUUAUAUGGCAUCAUGUCAGCAGAGAGGAUGCUUAUGGAGAUGACAAAUGACAAGAAUGUUGAGGUUGGUUGGAGCACAUACUGUACUUUGGCAAAUAUAUACACAAAUGCUGGAAAUCACAAGAAGGCACAUGAUGCCCUUGCUCUUGCUGAAGAGAUGCUUUCUACGAGGAAGCGCCUCGGUUAUUAUUUUAUCAUGACAAUUUAUGCUUCUCUGAAUAACAAGGAUGGGAUCCUGAGGAUGUGGCAGACCAGUGAAAAGGUGCCCGGUAGAAUAACUUGCACAGACUACAUGACUGUUAUUCUUUGCUUGGUGAAAGUUGGCGACAUAAAAGCAGCAGAAAAAAUGUUUCAAACUUGGGAAUCACAGUGCAGAAACUAUGAUAUAAGGGUUUCCAAUGUUCUUCUAGGAGCUUACAUGAGGAAUGGAUGGAUGGACAAAGCCGAGUCAUUGCAUCUUCAUACAUUGGAGAAAGGCGGACGCCCAAAUUACAAGACAUGGGAGAUUCUCAUGGAGGGUUGGGUCAAAACCAGGCAGAUGGAUCGAGCUGUGGAGGCUAUGAAGAAAGGUUUUUCUUUGUUGAAAGGUUGUCAAUGGAGGCCUCCAGUAGCCAUCGUGAUGUCCAUUGCUGAGUAUUUUGAGGAAAAUGGCAAUGUUGAUGAGUCAAAGUGGCUCUUUAAGGUUCUUCGAGGUUUGGGCCUAACAACUUUGCCCUUGUAUAAGUUGUUUCUGAGAACCCAUAUAAGAGCUGGUCAAGUUGUCCCAGAUAUUCUUAGAAUGAUGGGACAAGAUCAGAUAGACUUGGAUGAGGAGAUCCUCUCAUUUAUUGACCGUAUGAGCAGUGUCAAAACUGUCAACGAUGAUUGUAUCUAACAGAAGCAAUAAUUUACUCGAAUCUCCUCAUAGUUGAAGCCCUGUUCAUUGUCGUCAUCAUCACCAAGUCGCAUCCUAUUUGGCACAACUAUUUGGAAUUAGCUACACGAAUCUUCUUCCUCCAUUGAGUUGUAUGCAGCUGGAAUCUUGUUGGCAAAGAGGGAAAAAAAAUGCAAUUAUAGAGGAAACAGACGAGGCAUCUUGAUAUCGAUUAUAUUUAACAGAAGUGAUGAAUUAGAGUGUCAGAUGAAAUAUCAACUUUGAAAUGUUAGAUUUGAAGGAUUUCUACAUUGCCAUUAACUUUAGAAAGCUGGGAUAUGGUGACUGAUAAUCCAAGUCAGCAGACUGAGGACUUUAAGCAUAAUUUAUUUAAGAAUGUUUUGCACUUUUAACCAAAAUCUUCGGUUGUCCAUACGACUAUUUGGUUUUAUCUAAGAUAUCUCGACAAGCAUAUGUUCUCCAGACAACAAUAGAUAGAACUCAAAGAUGGCUCAAACCUUCUCAUGUGAAACAUGGACUGACUACAAACAGGUAUUGUUGAUGUACUGUAUAAUAUAUAAUGAAGUUUCAUAAACUGUCAUCUUGACAUUAUGUGCUGACCAAGAAAUUAUAAAAUUAGUUGCUUUGUUGUGAAUU